AUGGACAGAUACAGAAAAUACCAAACUAAAGAGUAUGCUGAUAAAAGAAGGCAUGCACAAAUUUCAGAUUUAACUACAGGUGAUAAAAUCCUAAUCAAGCAAAGAAAAGAAAAUAAAUUAACGAAACUAUUUUCACCGGAAGAACAUACAGUUGUAUCGAAGAAGGGAAAUGCGGUGGUAGCACAAUCACAAGACGGAAAAAUUAUAAAAAGAAACUCUACACACUUCCAGAAAGUAUUAGAUAGAGAUGUUGGGACGUUAGGAACACCGGAUAUGAACUCUAAUGACCUGGAUGAAGCUGAGAACAACCAUCACCCUUUGGGAACAAAGGAUACCUACUUAAAUGAUGACAAAGUAUCUAGGAACAGCCAACAGCCAUUAGAUAAAGAAGAACAAUCCAAUAGGCCCAAGAGAGUGCAUCACACCCCACCAAAAUACAAAGACUUUCUACUGAGAUUAAUGCUUAAUAUUAAUAAUAAG